GCGGCCGGCGCCGGGAUGCAGUCAGGCUGCUGUCAGGCUGCCUUUGCACCAUGACACCCCGGCUGCUCCCUCUGCUGCUGCUGCUCCUGGCCCGGCCUCCCGCCGCGCAGCCUGCUCCCCCGACAUGCUACUCCAGGAUGCUGGCCCUGAGCCGGGAGAUCACCGCUGACUUCCAGAGGCUGCAGGCCACGGAGGCCUCGGAGCCUUGUGUGAGAUACCUGCCCAGGCUGUACCUGGAUAUACACAACUACUGUGUGUUGGCCAAGCUGCGGGACUUCGUGGCGUCACCCCAGUGUUGGAGAGUGGCCCAGGUAGACGCCCUGAAGGACAAGGUGCGCAAACUGUACACCAUCAUGAACUCGUUCUGCCGGAGAGACCUGGUGUUCCUAUCAGAUGACUGCAAUGCCUUGGAAUACCCCAUCCCAGUGACCACCGUCCCGCCAGAUCCUCAGAGGCAGGACUCCGCAGCUCAGACCAGAGACAGAACCCGAGGGCACUGAAGCUCUCUCAGUGCCCAGACACAGUGGGCUGAAGCCACGGCCCCCACUGGUCUUCCUCUGUGUGUCCCUGCAUCUUCUGGAAAGCGGUUGCCUCUGUUCCUCUCCUGGGGCUGGUUUUGAACAUAGUUAGAAGCUUUGCCUCUGCUUCCCCUGGUUGUGUCUUGCCAGGUCGGUUAGAUACACAAGCAUGUUGAUUUGAUCGCUGAGAAGCAAAGCAACUUCUCUUUUAUGAACAAUUAGCUUGAGAAGGAGCAAACGAGUGUGUUUGUAGUACUGCUUGAACGGAGGGGUGGGACCGUUUUUCGUGAUGGAUAGAAACCUGCUUAUAUUUAAUCAAGCUUCUAUUUUAUACCUUCCACCACCCACUCUCCUCCUUACAGUUAUCUUCCAUUUUUAAAGAAAUGCCCCUGCCUCUAAGAUGCAUUGCAAGGUUCCUGAUUACACAGCGCUGACGGAAACCACUCUUUCAGUGAAAGGUGAUGAAAAUCAAAUAAAGACUAUCUUUACACUAAGAAA